UACACCACAGGUCUACCACCCUCAGGCUCUUCAUCUGCAAUGGCGGUAAUGAUGUGCAUGUCAUAAGAUUGUUGAAGGUAUUUAAUGAAAUAAGUAUGUGUAAAGGAGAAGGGAUUUUACAUGAGUUAGCUAUACCUUUCUCUUCUUUCUCCUAUAAUGCAUCCAGUUCUGGGUAUGUACAGGGGGCACUAAUGGAAUGGGGCCAGAAGUCCUUUUAAUUUUGGAAUGCUGAAAAACUCAGAACUCAUGAGUCUGUCAGCGGCUGUGAAGUUUACUAUUAAUAAAGUUUUGUUAAUUUUUUUUUUUUUUAAAGCACCCGCUAAACUACAAAUCCCUUCUCUCUCCUCCAGGAGGACGGGUCACGUGGCUUUCCAGGAAACCGGAAGUCCGGCCCGCUCGCCCAAUCACGCCCGGAAGCCAUCUAGCGGCGCCAGGCUGGCCAAUCCUGGGGAAGCUUGCUCUCCGACGAGCCGGGUCCCGCUUCCGCACGCCGCGCUUACGGGUCGUUAGCGGAUACGACGGCCGCAGGGGCGGAACCAGGGCCCUUUGCCUGGCUUGGCGGCAGGCUCUACCUUUCCUGUUGUCUCCCGCUCCGCCAUGGCUCCUAAAGGCAGUUCCAAACAGCAGUCGGAGGAGGACCUGCUCCUGCAGGAUUUCAGCCGCAACCUCUCGGCCAAGUCCUCCGCGCUGUUCUUCGGGAACGCGUUCAUCGUGUCUGCCAUCCCCAUCUGGUUAUACUGGAGAAUAUGGCAUAUGGAUCUUAUUCAGUCUGCUGUUUUGUAUAGUGUGAUGACCCUAGUAAGCACAUAUUUGGUAGCUUUUGCAUACAAGAAUGUGAAAUUUGUUCUCAAGCACAAAGUAGCACAGAAGAGGGAGGAUGCUGUUUCCAAAGAAGUGACUCGAAAACUUUCUGAAGCUGAUAAUAGAAAGAUGUCUCGGAAGGAGAAAGAUGAAAGAAUCCUGUGGAAGAAGAAUGAAGUUGCUGAUUAUGAAGCUACAACAUUUUCCAUCUUCUAUAACAACACUCUGUUCCUGGUCUUGGUCAUUGUUGCUUCCUUCUUCAUAUUGAAGAACUUCAACCCCACAGUGAACUACAUUUUGUCCAUAAGUGCUUCAUCAGGACUCAUCGCCCUCCUGUCUACUGGCUCCAAGUAGACCAUGUCUGCUUGCCCCCUGGCUUUGUGUCUAUGGGUGGCCUGUGGUAUAUGGAAAAGUAGCAGGGUGGUCAGGGUGGGAGACACACAAGAUGUUUUUACAGUCUAGAGCCUUUAAAAAACCCAACAGAAUGUAAUUCAGUAUUUGUUUAUUGGCUGUUUUUGACAGAUUGUUGAAAUUAAAUGAAUUGAAAGGGAAACUCAGAGUACCAGGAUGUUUAUUAAAAGGAAUAAAAUGUAUUGCAAUGUGCUGUAAUCACAAGAGGAGAAAAUAACUUGUUUCCUUGAUCUGUCAGAGGUCACAGUAACCUGGCUAAGCUGUUAUUAUUUAUUAUAUAAUAGUAGCAGGAAGUUAAUAACUGGUUCUCUGUGUUCCAAGCACAAUAUUGCAACUUUUUUUUGAACCAUAAAUAUCAGAAUGAAUCCUCUUCCCAGGGAAUGGAACAGAAGCUUAAUGUUUACAAGUGUUUGAAUUUGUGAUUUGAAAUAACAAAAUUAAAAAACAUGAUUUAUCCAACUUGAGGAAGAGAAACUUUUGGAAAAGUUCUGUGUGUGUGUGUGUGUGUGUGUGUGUGUGUGUGUUUUAAAGAAGAAGGGCAGCCAAGUUAGUAACCUAAAAAUAGUGCCCAGGCAUAUGAGAGUUGUCCUACAGGGUUAAAGAACACACUGUUCUGCUGUAUGGUUUUGGCCCUGAGUGGCAAGAGAGGUCAACUUGACCCUGCCAUGUGGGUUUGACCUAUUAAGACACAGGAGUCAUUGUUUUCUUUGACCAGGGUCUCACACCCUGGAGGAAUGUUAAGUAAGAGAGAGAACCUUUUUCCUGAAUAUUGACAUGUAAAAGACCAAAGUAAUUUUUCUGAACUUCUGCAGUUCUAAGAACUCUCCAAGGAAUUUACAGUGAUUUUAGUGCUUGUCAGCAUUUUUCCAUGAGGACUUUCAUACAUUUGACUCUUUAGUUUACAGGUUUCCAUUGAUUGUGAACAAAGUAUUUAUCUCUUCAGCCUUUGGGGGUCCGGCUAAGGGCAAUCUCUUGCAUUUUUUUUACCUGUGUUUGUACAGAUAUCAUUCUUGUGUGUGCCAUGGCUUGAAAAAGUGAGAAGCUCUUUAACAAAAUCACCUAAAAAGAUGUGAAAUCACAGGUGAUAGCAGUUCAGUAAUUUCCCACAAGCAGCAUCUCAAAGAAAAUAUAGUCCUAAUCCUUAGUAUUCUAUUCUAAAUUUAACAUGAAUUUCAUAAAUGUUAUUAGUUUUCUUUAUAAUUUUAUAAGUUAUUCAUCAGGAGUUUAACUUCCACUUCCGUGCUAUGUAUUGGGCUGCAUCCAAGAACUUGGAAGGAAAACAGGGGCAGGAAUACAUUUGCUUAGUGACCCAGAUCAUCAUUUUCUGCAGGUGAGAAUUCUAUUUCAUCAUUGCUUCUAGAAGUUGGCAAUACUUUACUUUUCUUUGGUGCAUUGUUAUGUAGGUGCCAUCACUGGGUAAUGUGAAGUGACUACAGAAGUCAGAUUUACUGUAAGGUAUGCUUAGGGUGACACUAAGAGGUUUAUUAUUUUUUAAAGAAAUUUUUCUUGAACCCCUGGCCAACAUGGUGAAACCCUGUCUCUACUAAAAAUCCAAAAAUUAGCCGGGCAUGGUGGUGGGCGCCUGUAAUCUCACUAUUCGGGAGGCUGAGGCAGGAGAACUACUUGAACCUGGGAGGCAGAGGUUGCAGUGAGUAGAGAUUGCGCCACUGCACUCCAGCCUGGGUGACAAGGGCGAGACUCCAUCUCAAAAACAAACAAACAAACAAAAAAAAACUUUUCUUAAAAAAAAAACAAAGCCAGACCAUAGUUCGAGUGGUGGCAUGGAAUCUGUGUAUCAAAUAAAUGCAUUUGCUUAUUUGACAUCAGUGUGUUUGUUAGCAGAGUUGGGCCAGUAUCUUAAAAUUGCUGGUGAAAACUUGCCUCUAGAUGGCAGUGCCUGUAUAGAUGGGGAAAAAAUCACCAACAUUCUUGGUAUAAUACAGUGUAGCUUAGAUGAGGUGGUGAAAUGGGGUUUCAGCCUAAUAUUCCUAAUAUAGUUUCUCUUGCAUUAAUAAACUGAACAUUUGUA